CGAUAGUGCACACAGUGUAACUCUAUUGCGGCGUGAACGGUGAUAACUGUUUAGCUGGUUACUGGGUAGCAGAGUCUAUCAGAAGUAAGACAUGGGGCUGAACGAGUUCCUCAAAUCUGCCUUUGCCCUUACGAUAGGAUUAUUAAUGUCACCUUUCAUGGUACUACAUAUGAUUUAUAUGUUCGUGCAAUCUCGGGGCAAGGUAUCAUGGAAGAAGUACGACAUGCCGGACUGCCUGCGUGACCCCGCUUACGGGACCCACCACUUCGUGCAUCUUGAGGACGUUCGCCUCCACUAUGUCGCUGCCGGAGACGAGGAUAAGCCGUUGAUGUUGUUGGUGCACGGCCUUCCCGAAUUCUGGUUUUCGUGGCGUUAUCAGAUAAAAGAAUUCAAGAAAUACUACAGAGUUGUUGCCAUAGACCAACGUGGGUAUUCAGAGUCGGGCGCACCCUCUGGUGUCAGCAGCUACAACCUUCGUGAAUUGGCCAAAGACAUCAAACAGCUCGUACCAGCUCUUGGCUACAAGUCGUGUGUGUUGGUGGGCCAUGACUGGGGUGGCGCUGUGGCUUGGACAGUGGCUGGACUGCACCCCGAGGUGGUGGACAAGCUGAUCAUCAUGAACUGCCCGCCACCACAGGCCUAUGUAAGAUAUCUGGUCACACACUUGUCCCAGAUCGCGAUGUGUUGGUUCCAAUUCUUCUUCACGGUACCCGUGUUGCCAGAGCUGUACUGCUGUUUCAAGGACAGGUGGUUUUGGAAAACAGUUUCACCGGCGAACCAUUUGGCGUUCGCUGUACGAAGGUAUCGCCGAAAGAACUGGAAGCUUACAAGUUUGCCUUCCCAACAUUCGGCAGCUUCACUGGCCCCAUCAACUACAUCCGGGCAAUGUCACGCACCGCACAGCCACCUGAGAAGAAGGUAACUACCCCUACCCUUCUGAUCUGGGGGUGCAAGGACGCUGCGUUGGGGAUGGGACUCGUCCCACUGGUACAGAAGGUCGCCACCUCCCUGACCAUUAAGUAUGUGGAGGACGCCAGUCAUUGGGUACAGAUGGACUGUCCAGAUCUUGUCAACACCCAUAUGAGGGAGUUUUUAAGUAUCUCAUCGUAAACAUACUUCUUAGGGGUAAAAAUAAUUCGGUUUACAUGAAUAUGUCUUUACGCGUUUUGAAAAUAGUUUGACGCAAUUGGCAUGGAGCUGGUUUGAGCCAGUUUUGAACACUACUAUAUAUGCUUAUUCGAAUGCAUUAUAUACACGAUAUCAGUAUUGCAGUUGAAGAUUACGGUAUUAGCAAAUUUGCUGGACAUUGUCUCAGUCCAACAAU